AUGGCUCCUCCAACCACCAUUCCAAACUUGUUCAUGUCUGACUUCGGUCUCAACACUGAUGAUAUCAAGUACUUCCAUAUGGACUCCCAUAUCCAAGGACGUGGACCAAACCGUCUGAAGUCUCUUGACAUCGAAGGAAGAUGGGUCCUUUCUGGAAAGAGUAUUCCAUUCAUCUCUGCUGCAUUCAACCAUCUCGAAAGACUCAAUGAUGCCCAGGUACCAAUUAGAGAUAUCUCUGAAGAACCUAUCGAUGCCAUUGGUAUGGUUGGAUGGACCAAGUCGUCUGCUCCAUCUGAAGAGCCAGUAAAGGAAGAGAAGAAGGUUCCAAAGAAGUUUGUUCUCCAGCCACCAGUCUUCGUGGAGGAUGAGGUCCCACCAAGCCCAAGAGAAGUUGUCCCACAUCGUUCUGCCGGCUACGGACCAGCUCACCACAAGAGAAAGUUGUCGAUCCCAGACCGCUCCCGAAGUGUUUCCCCAAUGCCAGUUGAGGCUCCAGGACAAACCGUUUACGACAAAUACGCUAAAUACGAGAGACACCGCAAAGACUCGAUCACCAGAUACGGAACCAAGUGGGGAGAUGCCGGAUACGUCUCGCACAGCCCAUCGCCAACCGGUGACGAGCCACAAAACCUUCCACAUCGCACUCAAGCUCUUUCUCCACGUCCAGCUUCCAGAACUCGUCAAUAUGACAGCGAAUACAAUCCAGAGUUCCUAAAGAGAGACUCGGCGAGCAGUGCCAACGAACUUAAGGUGUUGACGAAGAACAUCAAAGGAGACUAUGUACCAUACAGAACAACCGGAUAUGGGGCAUACCACGUGAAAAGACAAUAUGAUUUGAGCCCAAGAUCGAUGGGAAGUGAUUAUGCUACCAGCAGUGGAUCUGAGCAAUCUUCUCCAGUGCCAGCCAGACGUGAGAGAUCAGCUGAUGAGAUCGUUCUCUCCGCUUACCACGCAUCCAAGACCACCGACUCGUCUCGUCCAAGACGCGACAACUGGAUCCGUCAACAAUAA